AUGGGGAAGCCUACUAUUACUCAAUCUGAUAAAGAAGUAAAAAAGAAAAAUCAAUCCAAUAAAGUUUGCAAAAAUUUUCCGAUUAAAUAUAUGUUGGAAAUAAUCAACCGUUUAAAACGUGAACCUCUUUCUGAAGUUUUAAAAGAAGUUAAUGUUAAACCUAAAACCGUAAAAUCCUGGGAACAACAUCGUAAACAACUUGAAGAGGCUUUGGAAGGAAAUAUAGUUCGGCAUAAGCCUAGACGUGAUCCAAAGAAUGCAGUACGUGAUGAAGCAGUGUAUAUUUGGCUAUCACAAUUAAGAAAAACAGGAGAUGACGAAGCUGCCAAAAAAUUUGUAACUAAGUUUAAAAAUGACGUUAAAUCUAAAGGAAUGUCAAGAAAACAAGUUUUUAAUUUUGAUGAAAGUCCGUUAAAUUUUAAAUCACUUCCUACUGUAACAUUCAGUACAAAAGAAGAAUCUGAAAACCCAAGGGCUUUAAAAGGUAUUUCAAAAGAUCAAUUACCUGUGUACUACAGACAUCAAAAAAACGCAUGGAUGAGUACUGAGUUAUUUGAAGAAUGGUUUAAAAAAGAAUUUGUGCCAAAAGUUACUGAAUAUUUAAUAAAAGAAAAACUGCCUGUGAAAGCUAUCCUUCUAGUUGAUAACUGCAAAGCUCAUCUUCAUUUGAAAAUGAAUAAUAUUGAGACUGUUUUCUCGCCACCAAAUGUUACGGCAUUAAUACAGCCUCUAGAUCAAGGAAUACUUGAAGCAAUCAAACGACGAUACAAAUAUAUUCUCACUUUGGCAUUAGCGAGUAAACAACAAGAUAAUAUUAAGCUACCUUCUCUGUUGAAAGAUGUUACAAUAGAGGAGGCCACUUAUUGGGUGAACCAAUCUUGGGAAGCUGUGAAACGUGAAACAAUUCACAAAUGCUGGAAUAAAUUAUGGCCUGUUGAUCUUCAAACAGAAAAUAUUUAA